AUAAGAACAGAAUUCAAACACGGGCUGAGUCUGCGUACAGAUUUGAUUUGAUUGUAGAUGUCCUGUUUUAGGAUCAUAUUUUAAUGCUUAUACAACAGGGAAAAAAAAUAAUCCAGGAAUAAAGUUUGAUCUGAGAAUCUGUAUUUAUUACCGACACUCAUCGUGGAAACACAGAGACUUCAGCUGCUCCUGGAAGCCUUUACACGCUCCUGCUCUCCCCGCAGAGGUCCGAGGAUCUUUCAGGAAUGGGGACGCUAUUUUCUGGAGACUUGAUUGGUCAGUAGGCGGUGAUUUCAUACCUGCUGGUCUCUAACCAUGUGGUAAGAAGUGGCCCUCUUCAUCGUUCUGGAAACCCGGGGUUGAUCCUGAAGUUACCUGGAUAAGUCCUCUGAAGUUUUUGGGAUUGCUGUAACUGGUUCGUUUAGAUUUUUUUUCAGCCUAAUGAUGAUAAAUAUAAUAAUAAAAGAUGACCUCAUUCAUUUGCAUCAAAAUCACAUUGACAGUUUUGGUGAAACACUCAGAAUCAACUCCAGAGUUUGUCAUUGAAUAUUGACAUUUAUAAUUAUGAGCCUCUGAAAGUGGAUGACUGUGUAUAAAAAUGUCAUUAAACAGCAAAUACAAUCUGUUUAAAUCGUUGACUUAAAGCUGAGAGUGUGCUGAUUUAGGACCCACUGUGGUAGUUUGCGUGCUGUUUUUAAACGCCCCACCGUGCUCUAAGCAAUCAUGGCACACAGAUUAUCAACCAUGUGCUUCUAUCAGACUGUGCAUAAUGCUUUUUCUCCUUUGCACGGUACAGGUAAGGGAAGUGGGUAAGAUGAGAAGGAAUUGUUCUGAUUUCCUGUUCCUGUUUUUCUCAGCAGCAGCACCCACCAUCCUGUUCAUCUGUGAUCCUGAUGAACUCACUGCAUUGAGAAACAUGGCGAACCCGGCAGGAGAUUUAAAUCUUUGAGUUAUGAUUUCUAAGGUUUCAGCUUUAUAAAGCUGUGUUAGAUCUGAUAGGGCUUUCAGUGUGAGAGAUGUUACCCUGCAUUGUUGACAGUUCACUUUUUACAUUUUAUACAUUUGAGGCAGUGCGGUUAGCAAGUGAAAGCAGCAAACCACAACCGCGAGAGAGAGACAGGUGUGCAGAAAGCCUGCACAGAGCUCAGUUGAAGAAAAGAAAAAAAGCACCUCUGCAGGGUUUCACCUCGUGUCCAUCAUUAACACCAAAUGUCACAGCAACACAACAGCAAAUGCCAAUGAAAGUACAACUAACUCUCAGUAUGAACAAAAAAAAAGAUUCAGGAAAUGUCUUCAUUCAAAACUGAGCUCAUGCUGAUUAUUAUCAGGGAGAAAUAUGUGAGGUCUUAGUCUCAGUUUAGUAUUUACUGACUGUGUGGCUUUGAUCUUCAGCCACCUUUUUGGGCACAGAAUCACUAAAUUCCACUGAAGUAACAUUUACAUAAAACUUCACAAUGCUUUUCACUUCAACACCUACGACUUCUCAGGUAGGUCUGUUCAAAGAAAUGUGACUGUUGGGCUAAAGAACGACUUCCACCUGAUGAAAACCACCAAACCUUCGCUUUCUAUUUUUUCUUUUAAAUAUGUAAAUUAUGCAAAGUGUUACACAUGAGAGAGAACAUUUUCAGGAUGUUAUAAUCUCGUAAAAACAAAGAGCCAUGCUGUGAGAGUGUGCGUUUAAAACAAGUUAAUGACAGACACGACUGUAGUUUGAUCUCUAAUGUUCACAUUUUAUUUCAUAUAUGCUGCACCAACAAUUGGAAUAAUAAUAAAGUCUUUUUUUUGUGACAUGGUUGCACCCCACGUGGUACCUUAGGAAGGUACCAUGUGAUGUGGUAUCUGACAGCUAUCAGUGAGAUGAAGGGAAAUCACCAUCAGACAGAUCUGUGCGCAGCGGCUUUACCUUCAGCAAACGGCUCUCAGGCAGCAUGACUUCUCUCAGGGUUCUCCAAAACUUUCUGCCGACUGUGCUGCUCUGGUUGAUGAACUCCAAGUUUUGCUUCUCGGAGGAUGGAAAUUACACGACCACGGCGCUCUUCACAGAUUACAGCAUUGCUAGCAUGGAUUACAGUGACUUUCCCGAACUCUGUAUGAAGGACGCCAACCGUCAGUUCCGCCUCGUGUUCAUGCCUGUCCUCUACUCCAUCAUCUGCUUUCUGGGGCUGGCAGGAAACAUGCUGGUCAUCCUCACUUACCUCUACUUCAAGCGGCUCAAGACCAUGACGGAUGUGUACCUGCUCAAUCUGUCCUUUGCAGACCUACUCUUCGCCCUGUCACUCCCCUUUUGGGCAGCUAACUCCAUGGUGAGCUGGGUGCUGGGCCUGGGGCUGUGCAAAGCCAUGCACACCAUUUACAAGGUCAGCUUCUAUAGCAGCAUGUUGCUUCUCUCCUUCAUCAGUGUGGACCGCUACUUUGCCAUCUCCAAAGCCAUCUCUGCUCACCGCCACCGCUCCCAAGCAGUGAUUAUCAGCAAGCUAUCAUCCGCUUUGGUCUGGGUGUUGGCCCUGAUCUUCUCCGUACCAGAAAUGGUGUACACCACCAUCAAUAACAACACCUGCACUCCUUUCUCCAGCAACUCGGACCCGCUUCGCGUCACCGUCCAGGCGAGUCAGAUUGCUUUGGGUUUUGCGCUUCCUUUCCUGAUUAUGACCUUCUGCUACAGCAGCAUCCUCAGGACCCUUUACUACGCUCGUAAUUUUGAACGGAAUAAGGCCAUCAAGGUGAUCCUCGCUGUGGUCACCGUCUUCCUGGUCUUCCAAACACCUUAUAACGUGGUCCUGUUUUUGAACACAGUUGUCACAGCACAAGGAGGAACCGAGGACUGCCAAUACGAUAACAUCCUCCUCUAUGCCACUGACAUCACCCAGAGUUUGGCCUUCCUAAGGUGCUGCCUGAACCCCUUUGUCUACGCCUUUGUUGGCACCAAGUUUCGUUAUGACCUCCUGAAGCUACUGAAAGAGUUUGGCUGCAUGAGCCAGGAGAGGUUCUUCAGGUAUACCUGUGGCAGGAGGCGGAGCUCUGUGCCCACCGAAACUGAGACCACCACCACAUUUUCUCCUUAAAACAGUGUCAGUACGGACGAGCUAUCAAAACCUGCCGAUACAGUGUUACGCACCUGCUUAUAACAGCGUUAUGGACAAAUAUCUGAAAGCCUGUUUUUUAUAUGUAGAUAGCAGAAGUUUGAUUCAGGGGUGGGAAGUCAGUUUUCCCAAGAGGCCACAGUCUCAUUGUGGUCCCUCCUAUGGAAAACUAAUUCGACACAUCUGACAUAAAUGGAUUUGUUGCUGUUCGUCUUUUUGUCUUUGUGUAUUUGCUGCAGGGUAGAAUACUUCAAGAUUUUUGUGAUCUUAAAAUGAACAACACAGACCAUGUAGUAUUAAACCUGCUUACCACACACUGACAAAUGAUUCAGAUGUAAGUGCACUUUUUAUUUUGACAUCAUUUGUAGCAGAUCUUUGGUCUAAAUGUUUUUCUUUUGCUCUUUUUAACCACUUGUUUGUUUUUAUCUCUUUAAAACAUUUAUAAACAUUUUUGUAUUUGCUGCAGUGAAUAUUAUCUCAAGAAGUCUUUGCUUGUUAUUUCAAAACUACCCGAACCCGGUCAUUUACUGUUUAUUUGCUCUUUUCUGCUCUAUUUGAGAAUAUCCCACUUUAUCAAAACAAGAUUAAAUUCAUAAAACCAGAUUUCAGAUGCACUGAUUACAGCUAAAAUAAAGAGUUGCUUAGACAUACGAUGCUUUUUAUUAGUUUUCUGUGCUGUGUAUAGUGCUCCAAUGCUGGAGCACUAUACACAGCCACAGCCACAGUCAUUAGGAUGACUUCUACAUCAGCUGAUGGAGGAAUCCAAACAGUCUGUGGGUUCAAACUGAAUUCCCACAGUGAGUAAUAUGGAUGCAUUCCAACAGCUGGCAGUUCAGUAUGCAGACCACAGAAGUGCAUCUUUGCAGUAACACAUCUGGAGCUUUCAGUCACAGCUAGUGCAGUUCCUCCACGCUUCUUCUUAAAAUAUUCAGGCUGAUGCAGAAACAGCCUCUAAAAUACAGGGAAAAAAUGUAAAAAGUUUCAUAACAAACCUCCGAUGGAGACGUGCAGAAACAAGGAAACAGUACUCAAAGUAAACGAGGGCUUAAAUUAAGUCAUGCCAUGAAAGUAAGAUGCAACCAAAUUAUAUCUGUGUAGAUUCUCAGUUAUCCAGGUCAUAGUAGUCUCUGGAG